CGAACCGGGGCGGGGCCGCAGAAGCUGUAGGUGUUGCAGCUGGGUCGCGACAGGUGCGCAAGGCAAAGUGCCUGGGACCCGUAGCCCCGCUGGUAGCAGCACAGAGGAAAGACCGCCUUCAGCCAGGUAUUUCAGUAUCUGUAGACAAGAUGGAAUCAACUCCAUUUAAUAGACGGCAAUGGACUUCAGUAUCAUUGAGGGUAACGGCCAAAGAACUUUCUCUUGUCAACAAGAACAAGUCAUCAGCUAUUGUAGAAAUAUUCUCCAAGUACCAGAAAGCCGCUGAAGAAGCAAACAUGGAAAAGAGAAGAAGUAACACUGAAAAUCUCCCCCAGCACGUUAGAAGGGGGAUCCUGACUGUGUUAAAGAAGAAGUGGGAGAACCCAGCCCUGGGAACGGAGUCUCACACGGACUCCCUGCAAAACGGCAGCGCUGAGGUCAGACACGGAGGCAACCGUCCUCCCGGUGAAGUGGCAAGAAGGUCUGCCUCUGGGGCCGAAGCUGACCAAGAAGAACCCGUCCAUCCCAGACCUAGACUAGGAUCGCCUUCUGAAGCCCUCAAUCGGUAUCCGUAUCCCCGCACCCAGGGCAGUGAGCAUCUUAAAGACCACUCGAAAGAAAGUAAAAAAAUGGAAAAUUGUCUAGGAGAAUCCAGGCAUGAAGUAGGAAAACCCGAAAUCAGUGAAAACACAGAAGCUGCAAACAAAAUAGAGAAAUAUAAUGUUCCGCUGAACAGGCUUAAGAUGAUGUUUGAGAAAGGUGAACCAACUCAAACCAAGCAGAUUCUUCGGACCCAAAGCCGUAGUGCAGGUGGAAGGAGGAUCUCUGAAAACAGCUAUUCUCUGGAUGAUUUGGAAAUAGGCCCAGGUCAACUGUCAUCUUCUGCAUUCAACUCAGAGAAAAGCGAGAGCAGGCGAAAUCUGGACUUACCACGCCUGUCAGAAACCUCCAUAAAGGAUCGAAUGGCCAAGUACCAGGCAGCUGUCUCCAAACAAAGUAGUUCCACCAACUACACAAAUGACUUGAGAGCCAAUGGUGGUGAAAUAAAAACUCAUAAGUUGGAGCAAAAGGAGAAUGUGCCCCCAGAUCCUGAGGUCUGCAUCUCCCAUCAGGUUGGAGAAAAGGUUUCUGCAACUGAGAAUAGCCUGGCAAUCCGUCCCACCCCUGCUGAAGAUGACUCCCCAGGUAACUUCCUGGUUAAGAGUGAGGUCCAGCAGCCUGUCCAUCCCAAGCCACUAAAUCCAGAUGCCAGAGCCUCCAGCCUCUCUGAGAGUUCUCCUCCCAAAGCAUUGAAGGACAGACCCUCGCUGCUGAUGGAUGUGGAGAGAAAAGAUGGCAGACUGCAUGAGAGGACACACACUUUGCACCCCCUCUGUGCCCUGUCAGCUGUCCCUUCUUCUCUGGACAGGAAGUUUCAGGCACCUGCAAGAGAGACUUGUGUGGAAUGUCAGAAGACAGUCUACCCGAUGGAGCGUCUCUUAGCCAACCAGCAGGUGUUUCACAUCAGUUGCUUCCGGUGCUCCUAUUGCAACAACAAACUUAGUCUAGGAACAUAUGCAUCUUUACAUGGGAGAAUCUACUGUAAGCCUCACUUCAAUCAACUCUUUAAAGCUAAAGGCAACUAUGAUGAAGGCUUUGGACACAGACCACACAAGGAUCUGUGGGCAAGCAAAAAUGAAAAUGAAGGGACUUUGGAGAGACCAGCCCAGCUUCCAAUUGCAGGGGAGACCCCUCAGAGCCCAGGGGUCGAAGAUGCCCCCAUUGCUAAGGUGGGUGUGCUUACAGCAAGUAUGGAAGCCAAGGCAUCCUCUCAGCCAGAGAAAGAAGACAAGCCAGCUGAAACCAAGAAGUUGAAGAUAGCCUGGCCACCCCCCACUGAACUUGGUAGUUCAGGAAGUACCUUAGAGGAAGGGAUCAAAGUAUCCAAGCCCAAAUGGCCUCCUGAGGAUGAAAUCAGCAAGCCUGAAGCUACCGAGGAUGUGGAUCUGGAUCUGAAGAAGCUAAGACGAUCUUCUUCACUGAAGGAAAGAAGCCGUCCAUUCACUGUGGCAGCUUCGUUUCGAACCACUUCAGUCAAGAGCCCCAAAAUCCUAUCCCCACCUAUAAGGAAAGGCUGGAGCAUGUCAGAGCAGAGUGAGGAGUUUAUAGGAGGAAUGGCAGCAGAAAGGAAACAAGUGGAAAAUGCCAGUGCCUCCGAAAAGAAUGGUAGUGUGGGAAAAACAACCAGGCAAAACAAAGAAUCUAAAGGAGGGGAGGCAGGGAGGAGAAGUAAGGAAGAUCAUGGUUUCGAGAUGGGGAGUGAGAAUCUUAUAGAAAAUGGUGCAAGCUUAGAUGAAAAUGAUAGAAACCUCAAAGAGCAGUCCCCACUAGAACCGAAGUCUACAAAUUGGUCCAGCUUUGCAGAAAGCACCUCCCCUAAAGAAUUCACUACCCAGCAUCAGAAAUCCCAGGAUGUGGGAUUCUGGGAGGGAGAAGUAGUCAAGGAGCUGUCUGUGGAGGAACAGAUAAAAAGAAAUCGGUACUACGAUGAGGAUGAGGAUGAUGAGGAAUGACAGACUGCAACGGUGCUGGGCCUUAAAUCUGUGUUAGCGUUAGCAAGCCACUGCCCUUUAUCAAAGUGAUGCACCGUAAACAGGUGUCUUAGCAUGAACUGUCAUUUAUGUGGAAGCAGUUCUGGAGGAGUUCUUGCUUCAAAAAAAUCCCAUACUGCAGCUUAAGUGAACCAAUUCUAAACGCUAUAGAUAAUAUUACUUCAGUCCUCUAUUUUAGCAAUGAUGAUAUACAUAAAUGCUUUAAGGUCUUAUGGGGGCGGGGGGCGGGUAUGCCAACUGAUGUAGUUCAGACUCCACUGUAUUCCCAAAAGGCAGUACAAAAAUAGACCAUUAGUAGCACAUUGUCGCACUUCAACUAUGGAAUUAGGGAACACACAGAAGGGGGUUAGGGACCUAAACAUGACUGAACGCACUUUAGUAUAAAGGGCACAGUUUGUAUAUUUUUAAAUGAAUACCAAUUUAUUUAGCAUUCAUCUGUUAAGAAAUCAAAUAUAUAAUCUUUAAAACAUUUUUAGGUUAAUUUUCUCACUCUGAUAUACAUGGGGAAUUUCUUGCUUUGCAUCCCAUUCUGUAAGCCACAUCCUGAAUUGGAUUACUGAGAUAUAACACAACUGUUCUUUUGGGGCACUUUUUGAGCACAUUUGGUGCUUGGAGAGAUCCACUCUCUCUCAAAUAAGCUCUGGUAUUUGCCAAUGAGUCUGACUACACCCCAAGUGAUUGCUUUCUUCUUUGGUGGUAUCUAUGGGCUCAUCAUAUACUGAAAACGACAGUAUUUUUAUAAGAUCUUUUGUACUGCUGUUUGCCAUGUUGCAUGUUAAAGCAAAGUGAGGAGUUUAAAGAAGGAAUAACGGAAAAAACUGCCUUAACUCACUUGAGCUCAGACCCCCACGCCCUGUAUUCCACUUCUGAUAUCCCCUUUCUGGGACACUAGUUUUUUAAAUACAUACCAGCUCUGAAAUGUAUU